CUGUCCUUUUUCUCUGCAGGUCUUGAUGCCGAGCUAUACUAUGUGAGGGAUGAUGUGGUGAAUCUUUAUGCCCUGUCCUUCAUUCUGCCUGUGCCCAGUGAUACCAACAGCCUGCAUUUCACUUGGCAUUCCAGCAGCAAGGUGGAUUACAGGUUGGGGUUUCAGGUAGAAAACACAUCAGCCAUGGAUCAACCUCAGAGCAACAUCUCUGCCCAGGGAGAGGUCCCUCGCAGCCGCUCGGUAUUUAGAGUGGACCUGUUCUGUUCUGGUAAGGCCGAUGGAGAGGCUGUGUUAACAGUGCAGUUGAACCUGACAACGCCAGCCAACAACUUUACAGUGCUCAACUUCAAACGCAGGAAAAUGUGCUACCGAAGAAUUGAGCAGCCAGAACCCCCUAAAACUUUGCCCUUCCCAAACACAACCAUACAAAGAAUAGACCCAAGCAGUUCGAAUGCUCCUACCACUUCCACACGUGUUUUCUACAUCAGUGUCUGUGUGUGCUGCAUUGUCAUAUUCCUGGUGGCCAUCAUCCUUGCUGUGUUACACCUGCACAGCAUGAAAAGAGUGGAAAUGGAUGACAGCGUUAGUGACAGUGGAAGCUCCCAGGGACUGUCUCAGCCUUCCACCCAGACCACCCAGUACCUGAGGGCAGACACCCCCAACAACGCUACACCUGUCACCAAUGCUCAAACUGGCUCUGCUCCCAUGCUCCAGCUUGCAGGCGCCUCCUUCCCUCACCCUGGCGCUCCCUCGCACGAAACCAAAAGUUACCCCUCUCUGCGGAUAGAGAAGAAUGACUUAAGGAGCGUAUCACUCCUUGAGGCCAAGGCGAAAGUCAAAGACAUUGCCAUCUCCAGAGAGAGAGUAACACUCAGAGAUGUCUUGCAUGAAGGGACCUUUGGCCGCAUAUUCCAUGGAGUCUUGCUUGAUGACAAGGACCCAAGCAAAGAGAAACAAGUCUUUGUGAAAGCAGUGAAAGAUCAUGCUUCAGAGGUUCAGGUGACCAUGAUGCUCACAGAAAGCUGUAAACUACGUGGACUUCACCACAGGAACCUGCUUCCCAUCAGUCAUGUCUGUAUAGAAGAUGGUGAGAAGCCUAUGGUGCUGCUGCCUUACAUGAACUGGGGAAACCUGAAGCUUUUCCUGCGCCAGUGCAAACUUGCAGAGGCCAACAACCCACAGGCCAUCUCUCAGCAAGACCUGGUGCACAUGGCAAUACAGAUUUCAUGCGGGAUGAGCUACCUGGCACGGAGAGAGGUCAUUCACAAAGACCUGGCCGCCAGAAAUUGUGUAAUUGAUAACAGCAUGCAAGUAAAGAUCACAGAUAACGCACUCGCCCGCGAUCUCUUUCCUAUGGAUUACCACUGCCUCGGGGACAAUGAAAACAGACCUGUUCGCUGGAUGGCUUUGGAGAGUUUGCUCAACAAUGACUUCUCUAGCGCCAGUGAUGUGUGGGCUUUCGGAGUAACUCUUUGGGAGCUGAUGACCCUUGGACAAACUCCGUAUGUUGACAUCGACCCCUUCGAGAUGGCCGCUUAUUUAAAAGAUGGCUACAGAAUAGCACAACCCAUCAACUGUCCCGAUGAACUGUUUGCAGUCAUGGCAUGUUGCUGGGCCUUGGAUCCAGAAGAAAGACCAAAAUUCCAACAGCUUGUCCAGUGCCUCACUGAGUUUCAUGCAGCUUUGGGGGCCUAUGUCUAAUCUCUCACACAAGGCUUCUCACUACAAACCAGCAGCGAUGUUGAACAGCACUAUUCCAGAGUUACUGCAGUGCCUUACUUUAUCUAGCUAUUUUGUUAAUUGUUUCUUAUUUCACGCGAUAUAAAAUGCGGCUUUGUUUGGGAGGUGUAACCUAACAUCUUCUGUACGUCACAGCUGCAUUAAAUAUCGAGGACUAUUUUCCACACUCAUCCGAUUAUAAACAACUGUACAAAAUGCUGAUUUUAGGGUGUCUACAGGAAGCUGCAGUUCUCUUUGUUAUCUCACAAUGGAAACAAGAAAAAGUGCCCUAUUGCUAAAUAUUGCUGUCAAAGACUUGUGUAUGUGUAGAUACAUUUUCAAAGUGGGAGGAGCUUUAUCUCCACUGCAUUUAUAUUUUCAGACAAUUAAGGUAUCUCCACUGCUUUAGAUCAAACUGGACAUGACAAUUGGUACGUUAAGUAGACUCUCUAAGAAAUAAGAAGACUGUAAGAUGAAUUUUCUUUUGUUCUCCAUACAAUCACACAAAUGGUGGAGCCCUAAUGCUGGCCAUAAGCUUUAUCUUUCUAAAUUAUGAGAUGGCAGCAGAAGUGUGGACCAGCGUGUUGUUGCCAUCCUGCAAGUCAAACUGGACUUUGGUACGGGGUUUAUGAAAUUCCUAAAACUUUUGAUGUUUGACUGUUCUGUGUCAGAACAAUGCCUUCCUUCUAUGUUUAAACUGUGUGAGUACAUGGAAAAGUAAAGAAAGUCACUGUGAA